AUGUAUACGUCUCCAAAGGUAAUACGCAUGACAUUGGAUGAAUAUCUUGCGAGACCUAAGGAAAAUGAUGUUUUGUAUGAUGAUAUCAUCAUCGUACCACCGCGCAAACCCAGACCAGCCGGGCGUGGAAGAACAGCAGCGCACUUCGAAAGGCUCAAAAAAAUAUCUAUGGAGUCUAUGGAUACCGACCCAAGGUUCAAAAUAAAGGAAGACGAAUUGCGAUACUUCAAAGACAUGAAAGAUAAACUCGGCAAGAGGAUCAGGCAGCCCAGCUCAGAAGAAAAAUGUGCUCUUUUGAAACAUUGUUUUUACACAUUGAGAGGGUACAGUCAAGCCGAACCUACGACAGGGGUUUUGGAAAAUCUGGGCGAAUCUGAAAGGGCUAAACUAUUUGGCUCUGAACCUCCCGAGGCAAUCGACCUAGCUAGAGCAGGUAUUAGCUUCGCUACACUGCACCGGCUUCUACAUGAACUGGCAAACUAUAUGUGUGAUGGAAAAGGCAAAAAUAUUCAUGAAAGUUCUUCCAUGUGGCUAUUCGUCAUAUUGAUCCUUCUAGACGACCUACACGCGAUAAUGGAAUCGAACUCAUACGAACUACAACGCAUCAAAAGAGCAUUGUCAAGGCAUGUCCCAGCGAUGAUUAAGGACAUGACAAUAUAUGAUACCCAAGAUGCCGAUGAUCGACUAGCUUGCGAAAAGGCAGAAAGAGCGAUCUCAGGAUUCAUAUCAAAUAUAGGCAUCAUACGACAACAUUUUAACCAAAUGUAG